UCUCCGCGGAAGCAGAUCCUCUCCGCUCGCCAGCCUCCCCCUCCUGCUGCUGCCUCCUCGCUUCAAGCAACACCCGAAGCGGCAACAACCACCACCACCACCACCACCGGACCUGCCUGAGCGACCCCUUGGCUUCCCACUCCACUGAAGCAGGGCGAGAGAGAGUAAGGAGGAGGAGGAGAAGCCAUGGCGAGCGACGGCGACGGUAAGGGCCGCGUCGCUACGGCGCCGGGGGCAGGGUACGGGUACGCGGCGUACGGCGGCUACCAGGGGGCGGAGGAGCGGAAGUGGUGGCCGUGGCUCGUGCCCACCGUCAUCGUCGCCUGCAUCGCCGUGUUCGUCGUCGAGAUGUACGAGAACAACUGCCCCAAGCACGGGAGCCAGCUCGGCGACUGCGUCGCCGGCUUCCUCCGCCGCUUCUCCUUCCAGCCGCUCCGCGAGAACCCGCUGCUCGGCCCGUCCUCCUCCACUUUGGAGAAAAUGGGAGCUCUUGACUGGAAUAAAAUUGUCCAUCAAAACCAAGGGUGGCGCCUUAUUAGCUGCAUCUGGCUCCAUGCUGGCCUAAUCCAUUUGGUUGUGAACAUGCUAAGUUUGCUGUUUAUUGGAAUCCGCCUUGAGCAGCAAUUUGGAUUUGUUCGCAUUGGUGCCAUAUACCUACUGUCUGGUUUUGGUGGCAGCGUGUUGUCUGCACUCUUCCUACGGAACAGCUACAUCUCCGUUGGUGCUUCUGGAGCUCUAUUUGGCCUGCUGGGAUCCAUGCUUUCUGAACUACUCAUGAACUGGACUAUAUACUCCAACAAGGCAGCAGCUAUAAUAACACUGUUGUUUAUUAUUGCACUCAAUUUGGCUAUUGGGAUACUACCUCACGUUGACAACUUUGCUCACAUUGGUGGAUUCGCGACGGGUUUCCUCUUGGGUUUUGUUCUGUUGGCAAGGCCUCAAUUUAGCUGGAUGGAAAGUCAUGAGUUGCCACACACUAACCAACCUCCCAAGUACAAAGCAUACCAGUAUAUUUUGUGGGUUGUGGCACUCGUCUUGCUGUUAGUUGGGUUUGUGAUUUCACUGGUGAUGCUUUUCAAAGGGAAGAACGGGAACGAUGGCUGCCAUUGGUGCCACUACCUGAACUGCGUGCCAACAUCCAAGUGGAAGUGUAACACCUAGACACCUCAGUUUUCUGUACACUCGGGGGCAAAAAUGUAGUAUCCAGAUUUACAAGACCAUUCUCUAUGUUUGUUUGUCUGUAGAUAUGAACAAGUUCUUUGUUGUUUACUGGUUUUGAGUUUCCUUGCCUAUGUAAACUGCUUCGUUGAGCGUUCUAUGUUUAUAAUUGGAGUUUGAUAGCUGUUUUAAAUUGCUCAAUGGAAAAGCAGUAGCUUUGGUGCGCAGUUGAUCGUGGUGUUUACACAAAUAAAAAUACGAUAAUUUUUUAUCUAACAGAUAAC